AACGGAAUCUUUUAGUUUCUAUAUUCUUGUCCCGGACAAUAUUACCCCCGAACUCCCAAAUCAGGAACUUCUAUUCUAAUUUCUGACAAUCUUCAAACCAGUAGUCAACCGCGUCGGAUAAAUGAAAGAAGUUAUUGGUCAAUAGCAUGCUUAGCGAGCGACUCUGACAGCGCAAGUAGGAAUGGAUUUGGAAGAAGGAGUAGGCGAGUCGUCAUCUCCGCCGAGAGCCUUAGGCAGCGUCGGCGGUGGCGUAGGUGGAGCUAAACACGUACGGAACAACGUGUACAACAAGCUGCUGCAGAGAGGUAAUGUGGAUGCGAUUAACAACCCGGUUCUUCUCCGCGAGCAGCUGGAGGCGCACUUCAAUAGCUUGCCUUACAGAUAUUUGCUGGAUAUAAAUAUGGAUAGAGUAGAAGACGUGCUCUUGCAUCAGGAUCUCCUUGCAAGGGCAAAGGAUCCUGACAAGAGGCCUGUUUACCAUGUUCGAUUUCUAGAGCUGAGUGCUGGGACGACUAGAUUUGAUGAUACAACUGACCAACAAAUUUCAAAUCCAGCAUCCACUUCAAAGGUGCCUUACACAAUUGGUAACGAAGGGAUUGGUCCUUCCCAUAGCAGGCGAGAUAUCUCAUGCAUUCCAAUUCAUGAAGUAAUAUUUUCAACCUUAGACAAGCCAAAGCUUCUCAGUCAGCUCUCUGCGUUGCUUUCCGCCAUAGAACUUAACAUCCGUGAGGCUCAUGUGUUUUCUACAAGUGAUGGCUACUCUUUAUCUGUAUUUGCGGUGGAUGGAUGGCAUGUUGAGGAAUCAAAAGGAUUGCUUGAAGUGUUGGAGAAGGCAAUUGAUAGAAGGAAGGAGUGGUUUUCUGUAUCUGCAUGUGAUCAAUCUUAUAUAGAGAAACCUAUUUGCAUUAAAGAAGAACCUGGAGAUUGGGAAAUUGACAGAAGUUCGCUGGAGAUAGUGGAACGGAUAACAAGUGGAUCCGGUUGUGUUUUGUAUCAUGGCGUAUAUCAUGGUGUUGAAGUUGCAGUGAAGGUUCCUAUAUCUCAGGAUUUAAAUCUGGAACUGGCAAAUCAAUUUGCACAAGAAGCUUAUAUUUUAAGGCAGGUACAACAUAAAAAUGUUGUCAGGUUCAUUGGUUCCUGCUUCAAAUCGCCUUACUUGUGGAUUAUCACGGAGUAUAUGCCCGGUGGCAGCUUGUAUGACUACUUGCGUAAGUACCAUACUGUUUUGAAGCUCUCACAACUGCUGAGGUUUGCAAUUGAUAUAUCGGAAGGAAUGGAGUACCUGCAUCAAAAUAACAUAAUUCAUAGAGAUCUGAAGACAUUAAAUUUGCUCAUGGAUGCACAAAAUGUUGUGAAAGUAGCAGAUUUCGGCCUUGCUCGGUUUCUUAAUAAAGGGGGUGUUAUGACAGCUGAGACUGGAACAUAUAAAUGGAUGGCACCUGAGGUCAUGACAAAUAAGCCAUAUGAUCAGAGUGCGGAUGUAUUCAGCUUUGCAAUUGUCCUUUGGGAGCUUUUAACAGCCCAGGUACCGUAUGGCAAAAUGCCUGCUGUAUCAGUUGUCUUGAGUGUCACAGAGGGUCAUAGACCAGAAUGUCCAAAUAACACACACCCAAAGCUGCUCGGUUUGAUACAUAGAUGUUGGGAAACAGUUCCUGAAAAGCGGCCCUCCUUCUCUGAGAUAAGAGCAGAACUUAAAGAACUCCUACAUGAAGUUGAUAAAUCAGUGGAUGACACAGGCGUAUCAAAGGAAGGAUGAGUGCGCUCAAUUAAUGGUUCCACUUAAUAUUGCAUCGUGACAGUACUUAACACAUGGAAGUUUGUAUAUUUGGAAUGUUGGAUGAAAGAUAAUCUGUCUUUCCCCCUUUCCCUAGACUGAAACAGGACAGCAUUAAUUGUAGUCAGUAAGUAAUGAGGUAACAAAUAGCAUGAUUUUAGUGCUGACGCACCACAAAGAGAGUAUAGGCACCUUUAGGACUAGGUCUGUCCGCGGUUUGAACCAGAUCCGAUUCGCUAGUUUCCGGUUUCGAAAAUCCCCUGAACAAGAACCACACCGUAGCGGAUCUAGUACAGUUCCAGUGGUUCUUGUUUUGGUUCUGGUACAGUUCAGUGGUUUUGAUUUUUUGUUUUGUUUUUUGCCUUCUAAAUAUUUGCUUCAUCUGUAAUUUUCCUGCGGAAUUUCGGAUAUUUGGUUUCUCCUAUGAAUUACUCCGUAUAUAGUAAGCUGCCAAUCACUUUAAAUUUGGUCUCAUAAAGAGUGGAGUAAUUAAUGGGUGAAGCAUAAGGAGGAAGCGGUCUCAAAGUUUUGGUCCAUUCUUCUCCAGGACCUCUACUCACUUUAUAUCCACAUGACCACAUAAGGAGUAAGCAGGAGGGACACAGAGCAGCUGAAGGAACUUGUAGAGGAGACCCACGCAUGUUAUUUUGAACUCCUACAUUCCGGUUUGGAACCGGAACCGUUCGAAAUUGAACUGGAAUCAGCCCUUCCUGAUUCCAACUUUGUGAAAAACAGAACCACCCCUAUAAACCGCAGGUCAUAAACCUGUGACCUUUAUUGGAUUUUGAUUUUUUGGUUCAGUUAAAAACCCCCAGUUCCGGUUAAAAUGGAAACCGGAACUACUAUGGAGAAUAUAUUACAGUAUGCGCUAAGAAAGUCUAAUAUUGAUUACCAACGUUUCUUUGGUUUAUAUUCUUUCUUAUCUUUUUAUUUUACAUUCCAGAAAUUCAAACUCGUUAAUCAAUUUAAGUCAAACUUACCUAGGAAAAUGGGGUCAAGAUUAGAGAAAACAUGGAUGCACAAUAGUGUGUUUAUAUACUUGUAUUAGUUGUAUAUGUAUGUAAAUAACUGGUGUUUAGCCCACCCGGGCACUGCCCCAGGCCCAGGCCCCAGGGUAGUGUUUAUAAUUUAGUUUUCAUAUUUGACUUCAUUGUAUAAUUAUAAAUUGUUCUUAAUUUUGGUGAAUAUAUGUAAUUAUGGGUGAAUGAUUUAAUUUGCGAAAGCUUCUUGAUACAUAGCUCAUUGUGAUUUAAACAAAUGUGUCAAGACCCCCUUAUAUUAUAAUUAAUCAUGCACAUCUCAUUCUAAAUCAAAUCAUCAAAACGACAAAUUUAAAAUUCUAUGGGUGCAUUUAUUUUUGUGAAUCACUUUGGGAAAUUAUCACAACUGGACUUAGGGAUGGACCAGAUCAAUGAAACUUUUGUUUUCAUAAACGGACCAUGUUUUAUAAAAGGGUACACAUGCGUUUGAAUCUCCGAUCCUUUUAAGCGUGGAUGUCAUCGCCCUGAGAAAUCAUUCCUUGACAAAUUAGUCGAAAGUGCACAACUACUUUUUUUUUUAAGUGCAACUCCAAAACAAAAUUUAAAAAAAAAAAUAAAAAAAAAAUGGUGAAAAUAAUAGGACAAAAACUGCUAAAAGACUAACAAAUAAAAAAAUCAAAUUAAAGAAUAAAAAAUUGUCAAAAUUGGAAAAAGUCGAAAAAUUCAAAAUAGUUAAAAAGUGGAAAAUUUUGUAAAGAAUAAUAAAAAGUCUUUUUUUCUUGUAAUGUAUUCUUUAAAAAAUUUAACAUACUUUAUGUAAAAAGCAUAUAAAACUGUAAAUAUAUAAACUUGGGAAAAAUUAAAAACUCAUAUUAAAU